GAGGUAUUUGCUGUGUGAUUGACGGCUGUUUGGCAGCAGCAGGUUUAAAUAGCAGGUGAGAGGGACGCAGCUCCGCACUCUGCUCUGUGUCGUCUGCAGACAGCACCUCCUUCAUCACGAUGUCCAGCAUCUUCUCCUCCUCCUCCAGGUCCGGCUCUGGCGGAUCUAUAAAGGGCCUCGGAGGCGGCAGGCUGGUGUCGUCUGUGAGGGCCGGCAGUGUGUACGGUGGAGCCGGAGGCUCGGGCGUCCGCGUCUCGUCCUCCAGCAGAUACAACAAGUCUGGCAUGGACGAAAGCCUCAUCGGCAACGAGAAGUUCACCAUGCAGAACCUGAACGACCGGCUGGCCUCCUACCUGGCCAAGGUGCACUCCCUGGAGAAGGCCAACGCCGAGCUGGAGCUGAAGAUCAGGCAGUUUGUGGAGAGCAAGGUGGGACCGACCACCAGAGACUACAACGCCUACUUCACCACCAUCGCUGACAUCACCACCAAG